AUGUUUCCACUCUAUUUUCAUUACGAAGAUGUAUCACGUCAGGAUCCGUUGCUCAAACCGAAUCACGCCAACGUUAUGGAAGUUCCUGGAUCGUGUGAAAUAAGAGUAGUACCAAAGGCACCCUAUGAUUUCAUAAUCAAAAAUGGAAAAUUGGCUAUGGAGAUUCCGCGCGGUCAGAAAUUCAUACAGACAGAAAGGGGUUCGACAGGAAAGUCGUUUCGAUCCAAUCCAUUCUUGGGGUCAAAUAAAGACAAAGGAUAUGUCAGUGACCUAGCACGACAAAGCACUCUCCGAGGGCAUGGAAUGUCUAAUUUUUCGGUCAGAAUCUCGACAGUAAUGUCUCUGUUAGAUUCUCCGGUCGAAAUACGGGAAAACUCCAUUCAAUUCUCGAUGGAAACGGAGUUUUGCGAAUUCUCCCCGGAACUGGAAGAUCAUUUCGAGAUUUUCGAACAUAUUCGAGGGUUCAAUGUGACUAUUGUAACUUCGGCCAACACACAAGAUGAGACUUUACCACCGUGGAGCGGCUUUUUGCAAAAAGAUGAGGGGGAAACUCAGUAA